AUGGCAACCAUAACUCCUCCGCUCUUCCUUACCCUUCUCUUCUUCUUCAUCUUCUCAGGUAGCGUAAUAUUGGAACCUGCAAAUGGACAAGCACCUGCACAGCAAACUUGGUGUGUGGCAAAGCCAUCGGCUUCUGAUGUAGAACUGUAUAAUAACAUGUAUUACGCUUGCGGUUAUGUGAACUGCGAUGUGAUACAUCCACAAGGUGCUUGUUAUGAACCUCAAGUUCUCAUCAACCAAGCUUCUGUUGUCAUGAACUCCUACUACCAAAAACAAGGAAGAAAUUACUGGAAUUGCGACUUCAACAAAUCUGCUCUCAUUACCAUUAUCGACCCAAGCUAUGGGAAUUGCAAGUUUGACUCGCAGUAG